CUCUCUCCUCCUCUUUCCUCCUCACGUUCACCUUCACCUUCGUCACCAGGGUGAACACCGGCCGAUGCUUCACAGCACCACUGCCCUGCGUGUCUGUCCCAUGCGUGGGAAGCACAGCCAAAGCGAGGGCUUCAAUCAAGAGUUUCCACGGGAGCUACGAAAAGGAGGCAAAGCCGUUACGUCCUUUCUGGUUCGGCGUCUUCACGUUUUGGGCUCUGAUUUCAGCAGGAAAUCUCAGCUCGUGCCGUUUUCUCGUGAAGGACUGAGAGUCGACGCCAGAGCAGAGAUAUGAACGAGUCACUGGUGGUGAAUGACUCCUCAGCGACUCCUGUGGCUGGGGAAGCUCUCUCGUGGAUGGAGGCUGAGUUUCCAGAGCAUAACGUCAGCUUGGAGUUUUCCACCAGCCCGUUCAAUUUCCCCAUCAACCCGUGGGACAUUAUGCUCUGCUUGUCAGGGACUGUCAUCGCCUGUGAGAAUGCCAUAGUGGUAGCAAUCAUCUUCUACACGCCAACAUUAAGGACUCCCAUGUUUGUGCUGAUCGGGAGUCUGGCCACAGCAGACCUGCUGGCCGGCAUAGGAUUAAUCCUGAACUUUGUAUUUCAGUAUGUGAUCUCCUCUGAGACCAUCAGCCUUAUCACUGUAGGCUUCCUGGUGGCGUCCUUCACUGCCUCCAUCUGCAGCCUCCUGGCCAUCACAGUGGACCGUUACCUCUCCCUCUACAACGCCCUGACAUACUUCUCAGAGAAGACACUGCAGUAUGUACACCUGAUGCUACUGGGGACCUGGGGCGUGUCUCUGUUCCUGGGGCUGCUGCCGGUGCUCGGCUGGAACUGCCUGGACGAGCCGGCGUCCUGCAGCAUCGUCCGCCCGCUGACGCGGAGCAACGUCGCGCUCCUGGCCUCCUCCUUCUUCGCCAUCUUCUUGCUCAUGCUCACCCUGUACUUCAAGAUCUGCAAGAUCGUGUGCCACCAUGCCCACCAGAUUGCCCUGCAGCAGCACUUUUUUGCCACGUCACAUUAUGUCGCCACGAAGAAGGGCGUCUCCACUCUUGCUAUCAUCUUGGGUACAUUUGGUGCCAGCUGGCUUCCCUUCGCCACCUACUGCCUGGUGGGUGAAAGGGAGUAUCCAUCAGUGUACACAUAUGCUACACUGCUGCCAGCCACCUAUAACUCCAUGAUCAACCCCAUCAUCUAUGCCUACAGAAACACAGAGAUCCAGCGCUCCAUCUAUAUGCUCCUCUGUGGCUGCUUUCAGGCCAAGGGGUCUUACCGGUCAAGGUCUCCGAGUGAAGUCUGAAAGGGCUCUUUGUGUGUG